CCUUUGCUGAUACCCCCCGGCUGCUUCCGGGAUCUGCUGAUACCCAUGGGCAUAUAGUUCGUCUUUCUUUGCGCAAAAGGUCGCCACAGAUAAAAACGGCGACUUUCUUCUUCUUCUUAGAUGGCUGCGGAAUGGAGAUGGUCCUUUGCUAGGUGUGGCGGGAUGCUUAAUUGCCUUUUUUCUUCUUUUUUUGCUUUUUUGCUUUGCUUGCUUGCUUUAAGAGAUCUUCGACGACCAACAAGGACCACUGCAGGACGAGUCAAACUUUUUUUUUCUUUGUGUUUUGCUUUGCUGCUGAUGGAAAAACGCUCCAAGUUAUGAAGACAAAACCUCUCUAAUGACCACACAUAAAGUUACGCCUGAUGGCGGCAUGCUUUAAGACGACGGG